GGGGCCAAGAAGCAGAUGCAGGCCAACAAGUCAAAAAUGCGAGCGCCGAGAGCCCUGUGCUGCCUUACACUUAGCAACCCCAUCCGCAUGGCCGCUCUAGCCCUUGUAGAGUGGAAAUAUCCUAGUCCUUUUGAUAUAUUUAUCUUGCUAGCCAUCUUUGCGAACUGUGUCGCCCUUGGUGUGUCGAGACCAUUUCCUGAAGAUGACUCCAAUGCCACCAAUCACAAUCUGGAACAAGUGGAAUACAUAUUCCUGGUUAUUUUUACCAUCGAGACCUUCACAAAAAUCCUGGCAUAUGGUCUGGUCAUGCACCCCAGCGCCUACAUUCGUAGUGGCUGGAACCUGCUUGAUUUUGUCAUCGUCAUUGUUGGGCUGUUCAGUGUUAUAGCAGAAAUGGGGGAACCCAAAACGGGUGAUGCCCACCAUGCAUCCGGUAAACCAGGAGGCCUAGAUGUAAAAGCUCUUAGAGCCUUCAGAGUACUCCGGCCACUGCGUUUGGUCUCAGGAGUGCCCAGUCUGCAGAUUGUGCUGAACUCCAUUAUGAAGGCUAUGGUUCCUCUGUUUCACAUCGGUCUGCUGGUCAUGUUUGUCAUCAUCAUUUAUGCCAUCAUCGGCCUAGAGCUCUUCAUUGGAAAGAUGCACAAGACUUGCUAUUAUGUUGGGACAGAUGUUUUUGUGGAAGAUGACCCAUCACCAUGUGCGUUUGCGGGGAAUGGCCGUUUCUGCGUGGAUAACAAUACUGUGUGCAGGGGAGGCUGGGAGGGCCCAAACGGAGGCAUCACAAACUUUGACAACAUCUUUUUUGCCAUGCUCACAGUCUUCCAGUGUAUCACUAUGGAGGGGUGGACCGAAGUUUUGUAUUGGAUGAAUGAUGCUAUUGGUUUUGAGCUACCUUGGAUUUAUUUUGUGUCUCUUGUCAUCUUUGGCUCCUUCUUUGUAUUAAACCUUGUGCUGGGUGUUUUAAGCGGUGAGUUCUCUAAGGAAAGAGAAAAGGCUGUGUGUCGUGGUGAACUUCAGAAGUCUCAAGAGAAACAGCAGAUGGAGCAGGACAUGGUGGGUUACAUGGACUGGCUUAUUGAAGCUGAGGACAUGGAUGAAGAUGGCAAUAAACGUGCUGUUGUGGCAAAGAAAAAGAUGAUGAAGAAAUACGGCUGGUACAAACACAGCGAAGAUGGAGAAUCUGAUUCAGACUCAGAGUUCGAGGCUUUUCUCGAUGACGACAAUGGCUGCUGUGCCUCUAUACAGGCAAAACUGUUGACUAUAAGUUUCUGUGAGCAGCUCUACCAUCUGAACAUGGUCAUGAGAAAAAACUGUCGUGUGACAGCGAAGUCCACUAAUUUCUACUGGCUGGUGCUACUACUGGUCUUCCUCAACACAACAGCAAGUGCCUCAGAGCAUUAUGGACAGCCACAGUGGCUCACUGACAUACAGGAACGAGCUAACAAGAUCCUGCUGGCCCUGUUUACCAUGGAGAUGCUGAUGAAGAUGUACAGCUUUGGCUUCCAGGUCUACUUUAUAGCUCUAUUUAAUCGCUUUGACUGCUUUGUGGUGUGUGGUGGAAUACUGGAGACUGUACUAGUGGAGCUCGGUGUGAUUUCACCUAUUGGAAUCUCUGUGCUGCGCUGUGUCCGUCUGCUUCGCAUUUUCAAAGUUACACGUCACUGGGCUGCUCUCUCAGAUCUGGUCACCUCUCUGCUGAACUCAAUGAAGGCCAUCUGCUCUCUCCUACUGUUGCUCUUCCUCUUUCUCAUCAUAUUUGCUCUGCUUGGCAUGCAGCUAUUCGGUGGUAAAUUCAACUUUGACGAUACCCAGAUGAAAAGAAGCACCUUCGACACUUUUCCCUCUGCGCUGCUUACCUGUUUUCAGAUCCUGACUGGAGAGGACUGGAACUCAGUAAUGUAUGAUGGCAUAAUGGCAUAUGGUGGACCCAUUUUCCCCAACAUGAUUGUUUGUGUUUACUUCGUCAUUCUGUUUGUCUGUGGUAACUACAUCUUACUGAAUGUAUUCUUGGCUAUCGCUGUGGAUAACUUGGCAGGAGGUAGCGGCACCAAAAAAGAAGAAGUGAAACCUGAAGAGGAGGAAUGGGAAGAUGAUGACAGAGAGAAUGAUGAAGCUGGAAAUGACACAGAAGACUGGGAGGAGAAUGAAGAGCUAAGAGCAAUUGAAGGCCUUGAGGGUGCCGUGCCAAUGAAAGUGGAAAGUUUUCAACCCAAAGAAAAAAUCAUUCCUAUUCCUGAUGGAAGCUCUUUCUUCAUUCUUGGAAAGAAAAACUGUCUCAGAGUCGCCUGUCACAACCUCAUUUACCAUCCUUACUUCACCAACUUCAUUCUUCUAUUCAUCAUCUUGAGUAGUUUCUCCUUGGCCGCAGAAGACCCCAUUAAAACUCAUUCUGUUCGGAACAUUAUGCUUGGCUAUGCUGAUUAUGUCUUCACCACUGUCUUUACUAUUGAGAUCGUACUGAAGAUGACAGUGUAUGGUGCCUUCCUUCAUGAAGGUUCCUUCUGCAGAAACGCUUUCAACCUCUUGGAUCUCCUGGUUGUCAGUGUGUCUCUUACUUCCUUUUUUCUGCAUUCAAGUGCUAUAUCUGUGGUAAAGAUUCUGAGAGUACUGCGAGUGCUCAGGCCUCUUCGAGCCAUCAAUCGUGCAAAGGGACUCAAGAGUGUGAUCCAGUGUGUGUUUGUGGCCAUCCGCACUAUUGGCAACAUCCUUAUUGUCACCACGCUCUUGCAAUUCAUGUUUGCCUGUAUAGGAGUGCAGCUUUUUAAGGGCCGUUUCUAUAGUUGCACCGAUGAGGCCAAGCACACACCAGAAGAAUGCAAAGGCACGUUUGUGGUGUAUAAGGAUGGAGACAUGAAUCACCCUAUGGUUAAGGAGAGAGCUUGGGUAAACAGUGAUUUUAACUUUGAUAAUGUGCUGAUGGGAAUGCUGUCACUCUUCACCGUGUCCACAUUUGAAGGCUGGCCACAGCUUCUGUAUAAAGCUAUCGAUGCCAACGCUCAAAACAGAGGUCCCAUCUACAACUGCCGUGUAGAGAUCUCCAUCUUCUUUAUCAUCUACAUCAUCAUUAUUGCUUUCUUUAUGAUGAACAUCUUUGUCGGCUUUGUCAUCAUCACUUUUCGAGAGCAAGGAGAAGCUGAAUUUAAAAACUGCGAGCUGAACAAAAAUCAAAGACAGUGUGUAUAUUACGCUCUGAAAGCCCAACCUAUAAAGAUUUACAUACCUAAAAACCCAUCACAGCUGAAGUUCUGGAGGAUCAUCAACUCAUCCCAGUUUGAGUAUAUCAUGUUUGUCCUUAUUCUACUCAACACACUCACGCUGGCUGUACAGCACUACGAGCAGUCCAAGCUCUUUAACUUUGUCAUGGACAUUCUGAACAUGAUCUUUACCACCCUCUUCACCAUCGAGAUGAUCAUUAAACUGCUUGCUUUGCGACCAUACCACUAUUUUAUAGAUGCAUGGAAUUCAUUCGAUGCUUUGAUAGUGGUGGGGAGUUUGGUUGACAUCUUUAUUGCAGAGUUUACUGGUGGAGGAGGCCAUGGAGAGGCAAAGGGAGAUGGGGAGAAUGCCAAGGUGUCAAUCACUUUUUUUCGUCUUUUCCGAGUCAUGCGAUUGGUCAAGCUGCUCAGCAAGGGGGAAGGCAUUCGUACUCUUCUCUGGACCUUUGUGAAGUCUUUACAGGCUUUGCCAUAUGUUGGUCUGCUUAUUGCUAUGAUCUUUUUCAUUUAUGGUGUAAUUGGAAUGCAGACUUUUGGAAAGAUUGCUAUUGAUGAUGACACAGAGCUCAAUCGAAACAACAACUUCCAGACCUUCUUUAUGGCUGUGUUACUACUCUUCAGAUGUGCUACUGGAGAGCAGUGGCAAGAGAUUAUGCUGGCAGCACUGCCAGGGCGGCGGUGUGACCCUGAGUCAGAUUAUGAGCCAGGGGAGGAGUACAGCUGUGGCAGCAAUCUGGCGUACCUUUAUUUCAUCAGCUUCUUUGCUCUCUGUGCUUUCCUGAUUAUUAAUUUGUUCAUUGCUGUGAUUAUGGACAACUUUGAGUAUCUGACAAGAGACUGGACAGUGCUGGGCACUCACCACCUGGAUGAGUUUAAAAGGGUGUGGUCAGAUUAUGAUCCUGAAGCCACAGGAAGAAUCAAGCACCUGGAGGUUGUGAACAUGUUGCGCAGAAUACAGCCUCCACUGGGCUUUGGCAAACUCUGUCCUCAUCGAGUGGCCUGUAGGAGGCUGGUUGCCAUGAACGUGCCGCUACAUCCUGAUGGCACAGUGUCCUUUAAUGCGACCUUGUUCGCCCUUGUAAGAUCUUCCUUAAAGAUUAAAACUGAAGGGCCGAUUGACCAAGAGAAUGAAGAAUUGAGAGCCAUUAUUAAAAAGAUCUGGAAGCGCACCAAGCCAAAACUCCUGGAUGAGGUUAUACCUCCCCCUGCAGGAAGUGAGGUGACUGCUGGAAAGUUCUAUGCAAGUUUCCUUAUCCAGGAUUAUUUCAAAAAGUACCGUAAGAGGAAGGAGAAAGAAAAAAAGAAGAAGGGCAAGGAUAAGUCAGCUUCUCUGCAGGCUGGGCUUAGAACCCUGCAGGAUUUGGCUCCAGAGAUGAGGCUGGCCAUGGAAAUGGAGGAAGGUCAGGAAGAGAUGUACGAGGGUCAGAUGACAGAGGAGCAAGAGUUUUUCAGGAGUGACAGUGUCCUUGAUGACGCCAAUCCGACCCCAGCACUUUCCACCCCUACAGGCACUCCGUUGCCUCCUCAUUUGGAAGAGGUCAGUGUGAGCAUCGAGCCUCCACCGGGUGACACUCUGAGGCUGGAGGAGGCACUGGAAGACUCUCGGCCAACUUCACCAUUCUCUGAUAAUGAGCUAGUGCUGAAGCAGCCUCGCAGACUGUCUUCCCUGCCCAGAAGGUGGGCCACCAGUCAGUCCAAACUCAGCUCACUGUGGGCUCUAAAUUCCAGUUCAAGGCCUCCUAGUACUGAUAGGACACCUACUCCGAAUGGAGGGAUGCAGACUGGCACAAGUGCUGAAAGGGUAAGCAUGGAGGCAGAAGUGACAGGUGCUACACAACAAAAUCAGAGCAUCAACGAAGAGACUGGGAGCCCAAUGUCACAUGACAGACAGAAGCAUCCAGAAGCCCCUUCUCCAGUACAGAUUGGACCCCCUCCAGUCUCUGACGGCAGUGAUAUCAACGGUUAUCAAGUCAACAGCCAGGCUCCAAAUGGCUACAAUGGAAACAGUUACUCUACACGUAGCUACAAUGAAAACAAAUAUCCUUCAAAUGGCUACAAUGGUACAUUUUACCCUACAAAUAACUACAAUGGGAACACACAUAAUGGGAGCGGGUACAACAGUAAUGGGUACUCCAGCAAUGGUUACAGUGCCAGUGGAUACAGUAGCAAUGGCCACAGUGGCAAUGGGCAAAAUAGUAAAGGGUAUCCAGCUCGAAGACGCUUUCUUCCUCCCACACCAUCAGGCCGCAGAUCAAAUUUUACUAUCCAGUGUUUGAAGAGACAGAAUAGCAUUGAUGACAUACCCAUACCUGGCACUUACCAUCAAAACAGACCUCCCUGCAGAGCUCGAGAGCAGCCACAGAACAGUUACGAUUCCCGCCGAAGCAGCGUGUCUUCUGAGGCUUCAUCUGCCUCGUGGGCGAACACUCAAGCACGGAGAAGCCAUCUGCUCUACGCUCCCCUGAUGUUGGUGGAUGAAGCAGGCAGUACCCAGACCAUUUGGGGUGACACCAACGGUAGCGGCAGCCUGCCGGCCUCUGCCCGUCCUGGGUGGCAUGUAAACCAGGGUGUCCCCCUGUCCCAUCAGGAGCGGUCUUAUGCCAGCCUCAGGGUAUCGUCUCAGCAUGGCCAGGGAUAUGUGGAGAAAGGAAGUGCAGACAGCCUUGUAGAGUCGAUCCUAAUAUCUGAAGGCUUGGGCCUUUACGCCAAAGAUCCUAAAUUUGUAGACUUUACCAAACGAGAGAUUGCUGUUGCGUGUAACAUGACCCUGGAUGAGAUGGAGACCGCCGCAUCAGACUUGCUGAAUCGAGGAGCAACAGGGCAGCCGAACGGACGCUUCGAGGAGGAUCUGUCUGACGAAAUGAGCUGUGUCAUUUCAUAUUGAAGGAAUGUAGUGGCAUAUAAAUGGAAAAGAACAAGAGGAAGAAGUGGAUUUAGUAUUAAGACUUAAUAAACUGUAACCAGCAGUGACUUUUAA